AUGCAGACUAGGUCUAGAGGAUCUGGUGCAGAGUUAAGUGAUAGCUCCUUCGUGAAAAAACAUAAACUUUUGCAACUACCCAUAGCAGAGCUUCCCAACUUCGAUGGUACUUCAGAACAGUGGCUCUCCUUUUCUAAUUCAUUAAAGUUUAUGGUUGACGAAAGAACAGACAUUGAUGACUUAGUUCAAUUCACGUACUUGAAGGCUUGUAUGAAAGGUGAUGUGGUAACUGCAGAUUCAAACAGACGAGAAGAAAUAAUGGAAGCCGAAUGUAAAGUUAUUUCUUUGAUCCAACAGGAAAGAUUCACCAUUGAAAUUAAGGGUUUGUCUACUCAUUCUGAUGAGAUUGAUAGAAUUAACAAGUCAGGGAAAAGAACCACUCGAUUUGACAAUCUCAACCCCUUCAUUGAUGAGCACGGACUCAUUCGAGUCGGUCGUAGGCUUAAACAUUCAGAAUUGCGCUUCAAUCAGAAAAACACGAUCUUAUUACCUACUAACCAUAAUAUUACUGAUUUAAUUAUUCGACAAACUCAUUUGGAGCCCUUUCACGCUGGUAUUCAAACUACUCUCUAUUUUAUUUGUAACAAAUUAUGGAUAUUAAAGGGCAAAGAUCAAGUCAGACAUAUUAUGAAGCGUUGUGUUCACUGCAUGAAACAACGGCCCAGAAGUCUACAUGGACAGAUGGCAGAAUUACCAGCUUGUAGAGUAAACGAGACCCCACUUUUUUAUCACUUAGGUACUGAUUUUUUUGGCCCUAUUUUCAUCAAAGAAACGAAAUUGCAUUAUAGUGGUGAGGUUAAAGUCUACGGUUGUAUUUUUGUAUGUAUGCCCAUCAAGGCAGUGCACUUAAAAAUCUCUACCAAUCUGUCUACUGCUGGAUGUCUGGGCGUGCUCCACCACUUUAUGAAUCGCAGAAGAGUCCCUGCCUAUUUUUAUAUUGAUAAUGGAACCAUUUUUGUCGGGGCCAACAACGAACUUAAAGAAAUUUAUGCAAUUUGGAAUCCGAGAGAGCACAUAGGUAAGUUAAAAACUUACUUUGAAAGUAAACAAAUAACCUGGCACUUUAAUCCACCAUUACCUUCUCAGAAUAAAGGUUGA